AUGUCGGAGGAGCCACCUGUCAUCGCAAAUGGAGCAAGCGCCGGAAGCCCCAAGGCAGAGCACAUAGCGCCGGCGGAGAUACCAGAGUCACAGGAUCAGGAGAGCAAGUCGAAGCUCAAGCCGGGGGUGGUCACAAAGGGGCGCAAGUCUGGCAACCGGCCAAAGAAGCCCCAAAGCAGAACCGAGACAGCUCGGAAUGGGCUCAUCAGAGCCGGUGGAGCUGGAGGCCCUCAUGGCUUCUUGCACCAAGGCAUAGCUCUGCCAGAGUCGAUGUAUUUGCAAUGGAUGCAUGGGCCUUGGGCGGCGUGGCCACCUUUGGGUGCACCUUGCCAUCCUUUGGGCCUUCGUCCAUUUUCACAGGUGCAGUACCCAGCUUUGGCGUGCGGAAGUGCGCAUUCACGGGUGCCGACUUCAAAGGCCUCGCAAAGCUUCAUCCAGGCACAGUGCCCACCAGUGCAGCUGCAGCGCUUGCAUCAGUUGGCCCUGGCUAGUGGACAGCAUCCAUCCCCGGCAUGCCCAUCGAAUCACACGUCUCCUGCGUCCGUGUGGGAAGUCUUUGUUGGCAAUCAGGAGAAGGGCUGUGCUCCGAACGAAUCCUGGAAGUUUCAAAGCUCCUCCAAUUCACAGAGCUCCAUUGAGGGCCUGCUGAGGCAAUACCUGGUCUCGUCAAGUAUGCUGCGCAAGGAUAACUCGACCAACUGCGAAGCUGCCUCAGAAUGCAGCACGGCAGACACGACCUCUUCCUGGACAGCAUUCCAUGCGGACGACGUGGCUUUGGCCGAACAAAUUGCGGCCGUGCUGAUGGACCGUGAAAAUGUCAGCUUGCCGGACACCGCCGAUGUUUCGCCGUCAGUCGUGCCAAGCUGA